AUGCUAACAUGAUUAGCAUAAUGCUAGCAUUAUGCUAGCAUGAUUACCAUGUUGUUAGCAUUUUUUUAACAAGAUGCUAACAUGAUUAGCAUGUUUGUUAACAUGAUGCUAACAUUAUUAGCAUGCUACUAGCAUGAUGCUAACAUGAUUAGCAUGCCACUAGCAUGAUGCUAACACAUUUUUACUAGUUUGUGUCAUGUUUAAACCCUUAGCUAAUUGCUAUUAGCAUGUAGCUAUUCACUGCUAGCAUGCGUAGCAUGUUGGAAGUCCAGUUUGCUAUUACAUUUUUAUGCUUUGCAUUACAGAAUCACAUCAAGAAAAGCAUCUUAAUUGAAGAUGGAAAUCCUGCUCGAUACCGUCUGCAAACAAGUACAUACAAUUUGGAUCAAUCUGAACUAUAUAGAAAAAUGACCUUUGGAGAGAGAGACAAAAACAAACCCCAUAAAACCAUUCUGAUGGUGGCAGAAACAGGAACAGGAAAAACAACCCUGAUCAAUGUGAUGAUCAACUACAUGUUGGGUGUUCAGAGAGAAGACAAGGUUUGGUUUGAGAUCACAGAUGAUCAGAGUGACCGAACAUCAGCUCACAGUCAGACCUCCAGAAUCACUGUUUAUGGGUUUUAUCCACAAGAGAGUCCAAUCCAUUUAACAAUCAUUGACACUCCAGGGUAUGGAGACACUCGUGGAGUUGAUGUUGAUAAAGAGAUCUCUGAGAGUUUGUUCAGAUUAGGCAUGUUUGAUGACUGUGUUCAUGGAAUAGAUGCAGUGUGUCUGGUGAUUAAAGCAACACAGAAUCGACUCUCUGACAGACAAAUAUACAUAUUUGAUGCUGUUCAGUCUUUAUUUGGGAAAGAUAUUGCUGAAAACAUUGUCCUGCUCUUCACACACUCAUCUGGAGCUCCACCUAAAAAUGCCCUGACGGCUGUUAAAGAGGCUAAAAUCAAGUGUGCAGAGAAUGACAAGAAGAAGCCAGUGUAUUUCCUUUUUGAUAACUGUCAGUCAGACGCUGCUGAUGAAGAUGAAGAUGAGGAAGACCGUGAACUGAGGCAGGAUCAAUCAUGGGAUCGCAGUUUUAGAGGAAUGAUGGGUUUGUUCAAGUUUCUUGACACAAUACAGCCAAAAUCUCUGAGGAUGACUCGAGAUGUGUUACAGAAAUGGAAGCAGUUGAAGGCAAAUAUCAAACAUUUAAAAGCAGGUGUUCAAAUGACAGAACAAAAGCAAAAUGAGCUGAAACAAACUCAAGAAGCUCUGGAGAAGAACAAGAAAGAUGUAGAAGAAAAUAAAAACUUUGAGUAUGAAGUUGAUGUGUCCUACAAAGAGAAGGUUGAUAUUGAUCCUUCUGUAGCCAGUGUGGCGAUGUGCUGCACCAUCUGUGAGGAGAACUGUCAUUAUCCAGACUGCUGGUGGUUCACCUCUCUCUCACGGUGCAGCGUGAUGAAAGAUGAUCACUGUACAGUGUGCACAAAUAAAUGCCACUACAGCAAACAUGUCAAAGAAACAAAACGAUAUGUAACAAAGACAAAGAAGGAGAAGAAGUCAUAUGAAGAAUUAAAGGUGAAAUAUGAAGACAAAAUUGGAGACAGUGAGUCUUUGGUCAAGAAGCUGGAAGAAGAACUGCAGGAAUUAGAGAAAGAGAAAAUAAAGCUGGUGAAUGAAGCUUUUCACUGUGUGGAAACUCUGGAGAUGAUCGCUCUCAAUGCUGAUUCACUGAUCACACUUCUGCACGUUGAUUUUCUGAUUGAGAAGAUGAAGGAAAUAAAUGAGCCUGAAAAGGCUGAAAUACUGGAAAACAUCAAGAAGAGAGCAGGAGCAGAAAACACAGAGAUCUAGGAUUCAUAAAUUUAAUAAUUCAUUCAAGUGGGUGAUUCUCACGAAAAAAAUUUCAAACAUGAAAAUUUUAAAAUGUUUGUAUCAACAAAUUUCUUUUUUAGACAUUAAGAGCAAGGUCUGAAGUGUUUGUGAUCAUUAAUUUUAAAAGUUUUACUGACAAUGUAAAAUUUCCAUAACAAGUCCUUAAAAAUCUCAUUACCGCAACAGUCUGAAAAUAUAAUCACUGUUAGAGAAGAAAAUACAUUUUCACAUUUUUAAAAAUGGAUUAUUAACAAUCAUGGGCAGUUACUUGAAAUUCUGAAAUAAUAUUUAUUAUAUAUUUAUUAUAUAAUAGUUUUUUGUAUUAUUAUUUUGAUUGAUUUCUCUCAUUUCCGCAAAACCUUCCACAAUUUACAACCUAUUUUUUUUUUAAAUAUUUCAAUGAAACCUGACAUAUUUUCAAAAUGAUGUGGCAGACUUGAAAGUACAUAUUGUGUAUAUUCUGCACAUGCAUUUAAAAGCAAACUACUAUUUUUCCAUCUAUUAAACAAAUAUUAAAAAAACACUUGUAGCGGUAAUGAUAUAGGUUAUGGAAAUGAGGUUGCUGAUUUCGGUAAUGAUAAUAAGUAUACUAAGAAUGAGGUAUAGUUUAAAAAUAUAAACUUUUAUGUAGAAAAUAAAUUAGAUAAAACUGACACAAUCAUGGAUUGAAGUUUGAUUUUGCAGUGCUUCAGAAAUAUAGGCUUACAUAUGCUAAAAAUGUACAUGCAUACAAUACAACAUGCACCACCCAUUUACCAGAUUAGUUUUAAAAAAUACUCAAAAUUUAAGAGAAUAGUAGAGUCCACACCACAACGAUAAUGGCAAAGAAAAACAAUAUUGCUGGAAUCACUUUUGAAACAAUUUUCUUCCAGCUGAUGAACAACAAACAUUGAUAACCAAUCAGAUUUGACCAAAUUUAAAGAGCUCAAACAUUCUGUAUUAAUAUGGGGAUGUCAUUACAUACUUGCAGCAUGUAAUUCAAUCCUCAUCAAUCCUCUCAGCAGCAUGAAAAACAAGGCUUUUAUUAAUAUUUUGAAUAAUUAAAUUGUAAUGAAGACACAUGCAUUUUCUGUAAAGCUGCUUUGAAACGAUUUGUAUUGUGACAAGCGUUAUAUGAAUAAAUGUGAAUUAAGUUGAAAUUCACAUCGUGAGAACUCUGAACAAAAACUUGCUUCUGAUUGACCAUUGCGUUCAAGAAAGCAACAGAUAUGUCUGUGAUUAGCUACUGAGCUCAAUGCAGCAAAAAGCAUUGUAAAUAGAAACCUUUAAGGAGCCAUUCACAUAUCGUCUAAAACCGCGUCUUUCUCCUCCUUUCCACAAGUGCUUGUGCUCCCAUGGCAUCUGUCGUUGCUAUGCAAACCAUGAACUGCGCUCUCCAUGAUGACGAGGAAGUAUCAGCAUAUCUUUCGAUGUUGUUAUGGAAAGGGCGAAGCUGAUUGGUUGGUUCUUGUCACAUGACCUGUGGUGCUCUUUUGGCAUUCUGAAAAGUUGAUGUUUUCAUCUCGCCGCAGCAUAAACGUGCACCCAUAAUAGAAGCAACGUGGUCGCACCAUGCUUGCCACGCGCCUUCAUUUGAAAUAACGAACUUGCAUUCGCAGAAGACAUGAUAUGUGAACGGCCCUUUCACAUAUCAGUUUUCAAAACUGUUAGCGGGAGUUCUAUAUGUCUAGUCAUUUGAUGCCCCGUUGGAAUAAUUUCAUUGAAAUAAAUGGGUUUCAUAGCGUAGUGGUGCCGUUGUCGCAUCCUAUGUGAAAGGGCCUUGAAAGGGCCAUACUCUCUAAAGCUCAAACACAAAUACCCACUGGAGCAUUUUCCAAAAUGUUUUGCCAUCAUAAGGCCCCCCUGAUUCCCCAGGGCUCUAAGCAGCCGCUUAUCUCACUUAUUGGUUAAAGUCCACACCUGCUCGCUAUUUUAAAAUGCUCAUAAAUUGGCCAAAUCAGCUUUCUGUGAGGGUUAGGUGUCAGAUUGGGACAUAAUAUCACUAACCUGAUAUGAAAACACUGGAAGUCUGUAUGUUCUUACUAAUAUAGUGCAACAAAGCCCUGUGUAUACUGUUUUGACUUGCUGUAGAUUUCUUUUUUUGUAAACCUUUUCUCUGAAAUUUGUCACCCUAGCCUUUGCUAAAGUUUUCCAACAGUUAGAAAAUAUUAUUUAACUUAAUAACUCAUAAUAUAAAUGUGACGAGCAGGGCGGUUGAGAGCCGUGAGGGAACGGCACAAGUGAUAACGAGCAUCAGCUGCGAGUUGCACUGGUCUCGAAUCUCUCACGGAGGAGCUCCGGAAGCAUAAAUGGGGAGCAACGACAGUGAAGGACGAGAGAGGACCAGACCUGGACUUUAUUUUAUGUUUUGUUAUGUUUGUGUGGCCGGCAGUUAUCCGUGAGGAACUGCCAGCAUUUUGCUUCCGUUUUGUAUUUGUUUAUUUUGAAUUGUUUUGUUUGUUUAAACGUUCGCCGGCUCCCGACUCCUCCUUCCCGUACAUACAAACUGUGUUACAAUAUAUUUAAAAAUAGCCUGUAUAAUUAAAUUCUCAUUACCAAAACAAAAAUUCUCUCUACCGCAACUGGUCUUAAAUUGUUGCAGUAAGUGAGAAUGGUGUUGCUGAGGAUGCGGUACCUUAGCAUAUUUUAUUAAAUUCAGAGAAGCCAUGAUGAUUUAGCCAACUUUUAUUCAAUGUACAUAAUUAGACAUUAAUGAAGUAGAUUAGUAGAUCAUUUUUCACAGAAAAUUGUUAAUUAAAAGUUUUUCUAAAUGACGAAAAUUUCCUGUUAUGGUAAUGAUAAUCACAAUGUCGUUUACAUGGUCUAACAAGUUUUUUUUUGUUUUUACUUUUAACUGGAUUAAUAUAAAGAGAUCUGCCUACCUGGUAGCCAUCUUUAAGGUUCUAGCACAUGUGUUGCUUAAUUUAAAAUCAAGAUUUAUUUAAAAUUGUGUGUGUGUGUGUGUGUGUGUGUGUAAAGAGUCCUUAAAAAAUGUUGCGGAGGAUGAGAACAUCAGUCAUGGACACUUAAUUUGUCCACUAUUAUUACAUUAUUGUUAUAUAUUAUACAUUAAUAUUUUUUCUGUGAUUUGAAAACAUCUAUUAGAACAUCCAUAUACAAUUUUUUUUUUAGAAUAUUUUCAUUUUUUUCUGUUUAAAUUAGAACAUAACAUGCAUACAGACAUACCUGGAUGCAUUGUGGUAAUGAGAAUUUUAGCUGAAAAUGCAGUAAAAUACAAAAAUAAUUCAUUCCUAUGUUGAAAUUACUCUUUGUUCAGUGUAGAGAACAAUAUUGCCUUUAUUAUGAUGUUUUUAUUUAUUACUAAAAUGCAUGUUUAAUAUUUAAAAUCAUUAGUGCCAUGGUGUUUUAAUGGUUUCGUGAGAAUGACCCAAGUAUUUUUGAAUGCAACUUUCCAGCUAACAGAAUUUUGUUAUAAGAACGUUCUCCAAAUAUUCAGGGUUGGUUCUGGGAAUGUAAAAAACGUCCAGUUUUCUUGAUGUUACAGGAACGUGUUUUAUAAGUAUGAUGUUCCUCAAACGUUCUUUAACCUUCAUUUUGAUUUAAAAUUCAACAUUGUAGGAACGUUGAUUUGUAACAUUCCAACAACAUAAA